GUUGUGAAGGUGAUGAUGCCGUCAGCUGGGUUGAUAAUCUGACAGAACAAUGAUCGAAAAACAUAUUGAUUCCCCCAGUGUCUGAUAUUUUAUUAGAAUCAUCUUUCGUGCCUUUUCUGUAAUCUGUUUGAAAUCUACUGAUACAGAUUAACGAGCGAUAUAUCUGUUUGGUGUAACAGUGGAACAAGUGCCAGUCCUUUGUCUCGCGCGUGGAUGAUGCAGUGGGUGUUGUGGUCAUGAGUGUGACUGAUCAGUAGCCUGUGAAAUCAGACAUCAGGAUGACGAGUGAGGCCGUGAGCCACCAGAGGAACUUGGAGUGUAACCUGCUCUUCUUGCAGCAGGAGCACUCCACCACACUCAAGGCACUCCACCAGGAAAUCGCUAAACUACAGAAAAAGUGCUCAGAGCUGACAUUUGAGCUGGCUAUGGUGACCCCAGAUACAGACACAGACGAUGCAGAAAAAGUCAAGCGGCUGGAAGCAGACCUGGAGGAAAGUAGAAAACAGCAAGAUAACCUGAAACAGGACUCUGACAAGAAAGACAAGCGAAUGAAGAUGUUAGAGCAAAAACUGAAAGCUCAGGAAAAGAAAUUUCAGGACAAUCUAAAGGCUAAGAAUCUGACAAUUAACACAUUAAAACGGGAACUAGAUUCCAAGUCAAACAAUAUAGCCUUCCUCACAACAGAGAUGCACAGAAUGAAAAAGAGGGUGGGUGCAGAAGAAGAAAAUCUGUCAGAAAAUAUGAACUCUCCAACAGUUAUCCCCAUUCCUCCCAGGGACGGGGUACCACGUGUCAGGCGCUCAUUGUACAAGAAAGGGGAGGCGCUUGGAAUGAGUACACAGCCAACUGUGAUGGUAAGGCGUCAUAUGCGAGGAAGCUCUAGCAAGUCUGCUCGGUCAGACUCUCCUGUAGAAAUCCCAGACCCUGCCCCUUUCCUGGUGAAAAACUCAGCAGAGAGGAAAGAAGUGAGGAUAAAGCCUGCCCCACCACCUUUACCACCAAUAGCAGCUCCGGUCAUCCAUGGCGCCAGACAGAGCACUGGUCACGUUUUGUUUCGUUCAGCUCGCCAUGAUGGGCGAGGAGGGGGUCCUGUUAGAGCCCCGGCCAGCUCUUCACCGGAGGUGGAAACCUUAGCAGUAGACCAGGUUCCAGGCACAACAGGGAAAUGGGGAAGAGCUCACGAGUCGCGGAGCUCUGAGUAUAACUGAUUUUCUUACAGCCCUGUUCAUGUACUACUUAAUUUAAUGCAUUUGGCUGUGAUGUUUUUUCUAGACAGCUUUUAUAAUUAAUAUAUUCUUUUUAUUAUUUAAUAUUUUACCCUGUACAAGUGGACCAGCCAAACUGAGACUGACACAGAAAGGUUUUUUUUUUUUACACUGUUUAUGAAAUUUUUUCCUCAGUUACAUUUGUAACUUUUUAAAAAACAAUUUGUACCCUAAAGUAUCACAAAUUUUUUGACACAAUCACUAUGUAGACAAUUUUUGUUACUUAACUUGAAUUUAAACUUCCUAGAUUACUGGUACAUUUAGGUAAUGACCAUGUACUCUGGUAGGUAACAUGUGAACUGAAGAGGGGUUGAGUUUUAUAUCUUUCUAUACAUUUGUCAUCAAGACUUACUAGUCUCUAACCUUUCUUGUUGUGUCUCAGAUUGACUUUGAUUGUGAUUGACAGUGAAUUUAAUGUGAUAAAAAGAAGUUGUGGACUUCAUUAGCCAUAUUGUGAUCAUUCUGAUUGGCUGAUGACUUACUAUGGUAUCUACUGCUGGAUGUUGUAACAAAGACUGAUCUCCCAUCCUAAUUUAACCCCCAACACCUGUGAAAUGCUGCUAGCCAUUUUGUCACAGACUGCUUGAUCUGGUUUUAGAUGACCGGAUUGUUACUCGAUUUUGUUGCGUUAUUUAUCUGUUGUUUUUUUAAGGCACAAUUUAUAGGAAUUUCUAUGCUGGUCUUUCGUAAAUUUUUUAUGGAAAAUAAGAAUCUCUUGUGGUUUAAUUUCAUAUGCAUUUUUGGAACAAAACAAAGUGGUUGUAAAAGUAAAACGUGAGCCAACUUUUGAUUUUGUGUACUUAUGUCAUAUGUAUCAGAAAAAUGUAACAUAUAAUUAUGUUGUUCAGAAGAACGGAACAUUACUUAGUGCAAUUAAGGAGGCGUCAUAUUUUACCAGCACUUUUGUAGCGUGGUUGAAAUAUUUGCUACUUCGAUUUUGGAUGUGAUGUUCACGUUGUCAGGUAAGGGAUCACUGUGCCCAUGCUCAGACAUUUGCCCAGAUUUGGUAACUAAAUCCAACAUUUACAAUCUAUCAUCUCACUUGAGGUGUAAUACUAGGAAUUUUAGAUUACAGUACCUUAUAUACAGACAGGCAUGACAGGUUUGUUAAUACUGAAGAAUCUGCUCCAGUUGAGAAGACUUGCCUUGGUGUAUUUUUAUUGUCAUGAUAUCGUCAUUUGCCUAAUGGAUUUGUCACGCUUUGAUAUAUAAAGAAAACACAACCACACAAAUGUGGAAAUUCAAUUGC